CAUAUGUACGUCAUUUCGGGUUUUCAUAGUACAGUAUCUGCAAUAAUCUUUAUUUGACUCUUCUAUGAAAUACAUACACAUGCGCAUACUACUAGUAUGCAUGUCAUCUCUUGAAAUAAAUACAUUAAAAUACAUUAUAAAAGUCAAGGUACCUGGGUAGACAAGGGAUGGAAUUAUGACCUCCCUUACCAAGUCAUGGCUCUGCGCGGCCUGCCGGCGCAAAACUGUCUUUUCUUCGCCUCUAGCUCAUAAAAUACUAUCUCAUUACUCGACGACAACGACAACGACAACGACAAGUCGGCAUGGUAGACCUCUUCGCAUGGCCGUAGUCGGCUCUGGCCCGGCUGGUUUCUAUACCGCAUAUCGGGUUAUGACAAAAGUCCCCAAGACGAAAGUCGACAUGUUCGAGGCAUUACCUGUGCCGUAUGGCCUGGUGCGAUUCGGCGUUGCGCCUGAUCAUCCCGAGGUCAAGAACUGCCAAGACAAAUUCGAAGAAGUUGCCAGCUCCCCUGACUUCACCUUCAUCGGAAAUGUGUCCAUCGGGAAUGCGGGUGGCCAUUUUCAAGGUUGCACCAUCCCCCUGGCAUCUAUGCUACACCAUUACGAUGCCGUUGUGUUUGCAUACGGCGCGUCCCAGGAUAAGCAGCUAGGUGUUCCCGGAGAAUCUGAGUACAAGGGAAUUUACUCGGCCCGUGAGUUUGUGGGUUGGUAUAAUGGUCUCCCCGAGUACGCAAACCUGGCCCCGGAUCUCACUAGGGGCGACGAGGCCGUCAUCGUUGGCCAGGGCAACGUUGCUCUUGACGUCGCCAGAAUGCUUUUGGAGAAUGUGGAUGUACUGCGAAAGUCAGAUAUCACUGAAGCGGCUAUCGAGACACUGUUGAAGAGCCGUAUAAAGCGUGUUCAUAUCGUCGGGAGAAGAGGUCCUAUGCAGGCCGCCUUCACGAUCAAGGAAAUCCGGGAACUAAUGAAACUACAUGGGGUUGGCUUUCACGACAUUGACAUGUCUCUCAUCCCAGAUGAGAUCUCGAAACUGCCUCGAGCUCGAAGAAGGCUCAUGGAGAUCAUGGUGAAAGGCUCUAGUGCUCGCGUCGACGAGGCCGCCAAAUCUUGGUCUCUAGACUUUUGUCUAUCGCCAACCGAAUUUCUCGGGGGAUCCGACGGAUUCGUUGAGAAGACAGUUUUCGAGCGAACAUCCCUCGAGUUACCUUUCGACCCAUCUUCGAGGGUCGUGGGUACCGAGGAAACGUUGACGAUACCCUCGUCUAUAGUGUUCCGUUCGAUCGGCUACAAGUCCGUCGCUCUGCCUGGGUUUAAAGAGGCGGGCAUCUCGUUCGAUACUAGAAAGGGGAUCAUUGACAAUGACGGGCUGGGACGUGUGCUACGCACAAAGAGAGGCGAGAACGAACACCAGGACCAAGAAGCGUCGCAUUUACCGGGCAUUUACUGUGCAGGCUGGGUCAAGAGAGGACCGACAGGCGUCAUUGCAUCUACUAUGGAAGACGCAUUCUCGACCGGUGAUGCCAUUGCCUCAGACUGGAACUCUGAGGCACCGUUUUUAAAAGGAGACAGUAGCUCUGGCUGGGAGGCCUUGCGGUCAGGCGUAGAGCAUGGGAAAUGUAAAGUGAUCCAGUGGGAGGACUGGCUUAAAAUAGACAAAUCAGAAAGAGAAAGGGGGCUACUGGUGGGGAAGGAAAGGGAAAAGUUUACAAGCACGGCGGAAAUGCUAGCAGCUGCAAGCUGAACUGAAAUCGAAGUGAAACAAAGAUACCCUCGC